UGGGCAGGGCACAGCAGCGCACAACGUCUCCUGCCUCAUCUACAAGGCGGAUUUCAUGAACUGCACGUGGGCCCGGGGUCCGGCCGCCCCGGAAAACGUCCAGUACUUUCUGCACAUCCGAGACCUACAGUCAGGGAGCUCGAAAGAGUGUCCCUAUUACCUGAGAGACGCAAGGGCCACCCACGUGGGAUGUCACCUCCAAGGGGCCACGGAAUUCCUUUCAGAGAUUUACAUCCUCGUCAACGGCACCAGUCCCAGCGCUGGCAUCCAGUUCUUCGACGAGACGUUGACAUUAAAGACAAUAGAAAUCUACGACCCCCCCGGCAACAUCACCGUCCACUGCAACGACUCCCAGUGCCUCGUCCAGUGGGACACGCCCAGGAUCCGCAUGUUCCUGUCCAACUGGGAGAUGGAGUACCAGCUGGACAUCCACAGACAGAACAGUAUGCAGCCCAGUGACCAUCAACUGGUGAGUGAAGAUUCUGAGCCCAAAUUCCGCCCCUUCGUGGAGCUUCAUCUCAUCCCCAUCUUGUCAGAAAUGAUGGAUUUUCAUGGCUCUGAAGAAUGGUCGUCCACUGCGGUGUUUGUCUCCUUGGUCAUGCUGGGCACCGUCGCCUGCGCCUUGAUCUUCCUCUACCUUUUCUAUAGGUUUGUUGGGGUGCCUAUUCCUCGAGUGAAAGAUAAAGUGAACAAUGACUAUCUCACCGAUGAUGAGAUCAUCUGGGAGAAAUUCACCCCAGCCGCCGGGAAAGGGGACAUCGAAGAGGUCUUUUCCGUGGAAGAGGUUGAAGAAUCCACCGCGAAGGUGUGAAUUCCAGAGGCCUCCAGCGCCCGUGUCUUUUGGGAACAUGUGCGGAAUUUUUGUUUCAUUUUGGGGUUG